GCAGCUCAUCAUAAAGGAUCAGGUGCGUGCAUGCUUACUGUAGCUGCUAAGCGAGAAUCUUUGGAUUUAUCCUUCACUUCGGUCAUAAAGAAAUUACUAUCGUCCGUCCGAGGUUGGGCACCUCGGACCUGUCCUUACAUUCAGACCAUGACAAAAGGCAAGGUGAGAACAAGGUAUGAAUCUCCUGUUCCGGUGGUCCCACUUGAAGUUUCGGGGUUGGUUAUAGCCGGUGUGAAUUCGGAGUCCGCUCAACUCGAUCUUGGAGUUCAAAGGCGAGCUAUGAACGAUCAAAUCAGGGACAUAAUAAGCCAUUUGCAGGUUAGUAAAACUUCUGGAAAGGAAGAUAAGAGGGAAGUUGAAGUUCCAGCUGAUGACAGGACUAUUUUCUUGACAUUUUCUAAAGGGUACCCAAUUUCAGAGAAAGAAGCUAGAGACUUCUUUUCAAGGAAGUUCGGCUACUGCAUUGAAGCAAUUCAUAUGCAAGAAGUACCAGCAGAGGAGCGGCCAUUGUAUGCACGGUUGGUGGUGCACCUUCCUUCCUCCCUCGAGAAGAUAUUAGGAAGAAGUCGCAAAGCCAAAAUCUCCAUUGGUGGUCCAGACUGCCGAAUGACCCUCUUGAAUUCUUCCAUGCUGAAGAUUCAGAACCAAUUCCAAGCAAAAAUGCCAGAGAUUAGCGACGAUUCUUCUCCUAGUGGCAAUGACGGAAGCCGGAGUGAAACAAGCACAGCUCAGACGAGACGUGAUCAACAGAGUUCAAUCAAUGGAGGAGGCCGGGGUUCGCCGCCACCUGCACCAUCCACCAACCCCUUAAGCUCUCCGACCUCGUCAUCAAAGUCCGAGCUGCUCGAAUACCAUUGUCCUCAGCUCAUGAAGAACUCCCAACUCGGCAACGAGAAGCAUUCUUACAGCUCGGCAGCGACAAAAUAGUCGCCCAGCUCAGCAGCACCAAGCAUUCUCCUAGUUCGGCUUGCAACCACAAGCAUCCUCCUUGGGCAAUAAACCAUUUGAGUUUGG